AUGGACCGCCAAGUCACCUCUCGCAUGCGCCUCGAGCGGAAACAAGUGGACGACGUCAUGGACGGAGAGGACAGCUGGAAGAAUGUGGACAAUACGGAGGCUACGUGCCCCAAGUGCGAUAAUGCGCGUGCAUACUAUAUGCAGCUGCAGAUCCGGUCUGCGGAUGAGCCGACCAAUUCCUCUUCUCCCAUGGGAGAGACGUUUGGAUUGAUUGCAGACAGUCCUAUCCAGUUCUUCUUUUCUCGAUAUGCAAUCUCAAUGGUCUUGAUGGUAAUUAUCACGAAUCGGAUCCAGCAUGUAUGCACCCCCUAUGGGCGUCCCGCACGAAUAUCGCAGCUGCAGCGUACCUUGCUGCGUUUGCCAGGGAUCCUGUUACUUGCGUACGCGCUAUACGGCCUGUUGCAAGGCAUUUGUGCGGACCAGCAUACGCCGUCUGCACAGCUCUGGCUGCGUUACCUGCGCAAAUUUGUGCCGGAGCCGCGUGAUCCGGCGCGACUGAGUGCCACAUCGCUCUUCUGGACAGCGUUCCUGGGCGUGUGUGUUGCGCAAUGCAUUGGAACGGCCGUGCGGAGUCUCGAAUUGAUCGGCUCGCGCGACGAUCCAUCCACGUUCAACUUAGUGAGCUUUGGCUUUAUCCUCUACAUUCACUCGACCACUCGCGAGUUUGCGCCGAAUGCACAUGUUUUUCUGCUGGUGAUUGCAAAAGUCAUUGAGCUGCUCGGCAUGAACAUCUUGCUGUGCCGCAAACCGCCGCUGAUAUCGCGACUUGCCUUUACGACGAUGAUUGGAAUAUGUAUCAUGGUACACUAUCUGUUCACCAUGUAUUAUACGGACGAGUACCCCAUCAUCCACAGCGCCAGUCAGAUGAUGGAAACGUCCGUCUUUGGCAUCGUGCUCUUGACCAUUGGGCUGCACGCGCUCCGUAUGUACUUUGUGGACGGCAGCAUUGAUCUGCGGCGCUUGAAACUCCCCCCCAGCAGCUUGCCGCGUGCCACGGACGACUUCUCUCUGGCGGUCCUCAAGCUCGGCACCACUUGUCUCCAUGCGACGCAACUGACGGGCCUCUCGUGCGAGAUCAAAGAGGUGGAUGCGCCACUGCACACCUACGUGGAGCUGUAUCCCGAUGGGAGCACCGUGGUUGAAAAUACUAUCGAGGACUACGAGCAGAUGGAGCGACAUGGCAUCAAUGGCCUCGGCAAAGAGAUCAAGGACGUGCGCGUCGCCUUGGACCACUCCACAGUUGAGAUCGGUGGAAUUGUGCGCGGUGCAGACAAGAUGCGCGAGACGUGGAAGUUUAUCAGCACCUUUCUCGACAUUGUCUAUGGAAUUGCAUCGCGCAUCGCGCAACGCCUUCCCGAGCCGCCCGAGUAUCUUGCGAACCUCCCGCGCUACAUCCGCAUCUUUUGGCACGGCACUAACGGCGAAGCAGAGCGCGAGGUGCGACUUGCUCAGGAAGAAGAAGCACGCCAGCAACACCAAAUCACCAAGCAGCGCAUCCACACGAUUCAGCAGCGCCAGGAAGACCGGCGCCGCCAUAUCCAGACUACGUCGGCGUACGAGCGUUUGGAGCUCGCGCGUCGCCCUUCAGAGCUGGAGGAGGAUGACUUGAACCCCCUCGAGCUCGUCGCACUUGCGCAGCUAACGCAGGGUGACGGCAGCGAGCUGCAAGGAUUCCAGGACGUGCUGGUGAAACACAUGACGCGCCCCGACAAUGCCCCGCCACUCACACGGCAAGAAUACAAGCAAAUUGCUGCGCAGAUCCAACAUCGGCAAGCAUCCAUGUCGACGUCUCUUGCGUCGAGCCCCGUUUCCCAUUUGUCGAGCGCCAUGCUCUACUCUCUCAGCUCGCGCCAGGCAAGUAGCGAGUCGGAUCGGCAGACGCAAAAAGCGCUGAUCCAGCUCUUACAGGAACGGCGCGCCGUACUCGCUUCUUCCAGUGAGCAGUUGGAUCGCGAGCGCGCGCGCUGUUGCGUCGUGUGCUGCAGCGAGGAGCGGUCGGUUAUUUGCUGGCCGUGCCGCUGCCUCGCGCUCUGUAAUGCGUGUCGGCAAACACUUGCGUCGCAACAGCACGCACUGCUUUCACUGGGCACUUCUACUGCCCGCUCUGUGCAGCUUUGCCCCACCUGCCGAGCGCCGAUUAUGGCCUACUCCCGUUUGUACCUCCCAUAA